UUGACUGCGUGUGUGUGUGUUCGUGCGUGAAAAAGUAAUUUUUGCUUCUCCUCUUCGUGGGCAGCCAUCGCCGUGUUUCGCGAGUGAAAAAUCACCCCUUUCUCGGUGAAAACCCGCGCUCCGGUAGUCCGUUCCGUUCGCAACCGGUGCCCGCGCGUGUCCGUGACCGUUUGCAGCCACGAUGGCCCGGUUCCGGGGCCAGCAAGUGCCCUUGCGGGUGGUGUUUUAAACUGCCCCCCAUGCGAAAAUAGCCAGAAGAAAAAAUAACCCUCCUGCAGUCAUCAUCAUCAUCAUCAGUGAAAUCGUCAUCGAAGGGGGAGCAGCAGCAGGAAUAUCCCGUUUGUUUUGGAACCCGUGGGAGAGGAGGGUUGGUUGUGUUCUCUGGCGAGGGGAACCGGAAGUAGCCGCAAUAGGAGCGCUGGAAGCGGGAUCCUUACGUCGCACUCUUGACUUUCGGCCCCGCAGUUGGCAGUAAAAGUUACAAAGAUAGAUACCGUGUGGGGUUGGGCCUCUGCCCCGCUGCGCCUAGCGGCCAACAGGAUGGGCGACGUACUAAUCUCCGAUCGUCCGCCGUCCCCGGCGAGACUUUCGCACACCUCGGAGAAGCACCCGCGCGUGACGCUGACCGAGCUGAACGUGCUGCGGCGGCACCGCGAGCUGUGCGACGUCGUCAUCAACGUGAGCGGCCGCAAGAUCUUCGCCCACCGGGUCAUUCUGUCGGCGUGCAGCCCGUACUUCCGGGCCAUGUUUACCGGGGAGUUGGAGGAGUCGCGCCAAACGGAGGUCACCAUCCGGGACAUUGACGAGAACGCGAUGGAGCUGUUGAUUGAUUUUUGCUACACUUCGCACAUUGUGGUGGAGGAGUCGAACGUGCAGACGUUGCUUCCGGCGGCCUGUUUGCUGCAGCUGGCCGAGAUUCAGGACAUUUGCUGCGAGUUUUUGAAGCGUCAGCUCGAUCCGACCAAUUGUUUGGGCAUUCGGGCGUUUGCCGAUACGCACUCGUGCCGGGAGCUGUUGCGGAUCGCGGACAAGUUUACCCAGCACAACUUCCAGGAGGUGAUGGAGAGUGAGGAGUUUUUGCUGCUUCCGGUGGGUCAGCUGGUGGACAUUAUCUGCAGUGACGAGCUGAACGUGCGCUCGGAGGAGCAGGUCUUCAACGCGGUGAUGGCGUGGCUCAAGUAUAACGUGGCCGAGCGGCGCCAACACCUGGCCCAGGUUCUACAGCACGUGCGAAUGCCACUGCUCAGUCCAAAGUUCCUCGUCGGUACGGUUGGGUCGGAUUUGCUGGUGCGAUCGGACGAGGCUUGUCGCGACCUGGUCGACGAGGCCAAGAACUAUCUGUUGCUUCCACAGGAGAGACCGCUGAUGCAGGGUCCGAGAACACGUCCGCGAAAGCCAACGCGCCGCGGUGAGGUUCUGUUUGCCGUUGGCGGUUGGUGCUCGGGAGAUGCCAUUGCUUCCGUUGAGCGGUUCGAUCCGGAGACGGCCGACUGGAAGAUGGUCGCGCCAAUGAGUAAGCGGCGCUGUGGCGUCGGGGUGGCCGUGCUGAAUGACCUGCUGUACGCCGUGGGUGGCCACGACGGGCAGAGUUAUCUGAACAGCAUCGAACGGUACGAUCCGCAAACGAACCAGUGGAGUUGCGAUGUCGCUCCGACGACGAGCUGCCGGACGAGUGUUGGCGUGGCCGUACUCGACGGAUUCCUGUACGCCGUUGGCGGUCAAGACGGCGUCCAGUGUCUCAACCACGUGGAACGGUACGACCCCAAGGAGAACAAGUGGUCCAAGGUUGCGCCGAUGACGACGCGUCGGUUAGGGGUGGCCGUGGCCGUGCUCGGAGGCUAUCUGUACGCGAUCGGUGGCAGCGAUGGGCAGUGCCCGCUGAACACUGUGGAGCGAUACGACCCGCGCCAGAACAAGUGGUGCGCCGUCAGUCCGAUGUCGACGCGCCGGAAGCACCUGGGCUGUGCGGUGUUCAACAACUUUAUCUACGCCGUUGGCGGUCGGGACGACUGUAUGGAGCUGUCGUCGGCUGAGCGGUACAACCCACACACCAACUCGUGGAGCCCGAUCGUGGCGAUGACGUCGCGGAGGAGUGGGGUCGGUCUCGCCGUCGUCAACGGGCAGCUGUACGCGGUCGGCGGCUUCGACGGCACGGCGUACCUCAAGACGAUCGAGGUGUACGACCCGGAGACGAACCAGUGGCGGCUGUGCGGGUGUAUGAAUUACCGCCGGCUGGGCGGGGGCGUCGGCGUCAUGCGUGCGCCCCAAACCGAGAACUACAUGUGGAUACGAAAAGAUUCUGUUGUUUAACAUUCAUACACACGCGACUAGAAAUUGCAAAAAAAAAACAAAAACAUCUAACAGUGCGCGCCGACACUUUCUCACACCCCCCACUACACUCACCGGCCCCGGCAGAGAUUGAUUGGCGUCGCGUCAAUCGCGUGCGAAUCAUGCUGAGAAAGAGAGGAUAAUCAAAAGCACACACACUCACACAUUUACACACAGCAAACAAAAGAUCGCGCGCGCGGGAGAGUUGAGAGAGGAGGAGGCUUUCCUACAGAAAUGAUCAAAUUAAGAGAGAGUAAAAACGCCAAACGAGGAAAGUACUGCACACCUGCACCACGCGCUAGAUGUUUAGAGCAUAAAAUAACGCUAAUUUAGUUCGUUUUAAAAACAUUAAAGUCAUUCGAGUAACUCUCGCUACCAACAUCGUCAUCAUCCUCAUCACCACACGUGCUAAAACCUAAGUGUCGUUUCGUUCCAUUGAGUGUGUGUUCAUCACCGGAGAGCAAGAGGAGGACGAAGAAAUCCCUCGAACUUUUUAAUUUUUUUUAUAUAUCAAUGUGUAAAAGUUUUAUAGUAUCGAUUCUUUUUCGAUCUCAUCCCGCUUUCUACCGCAAAUUGUGUUUUUCUUUAUAAUUUUUUAUUAUUUUCAUAAAAGUUUUUCUUUUCGAAUUUCUGAACUCUCCUAGAAAUCCCAAAAGAUCAUCGUUAUCGAUUAAAUUUUGCGAAUACUAAUUGUGUAAUUUUAAAAAUUAAAACUCGAGCGAGCGAGAAACUCUAAAAGGUUACAAGUGAAUAAAGAAAAACAAAAGUCCUUUAAAUUGAAUUCUCUAUAUAUGUGAUUAAUGUUAAUCAGGGUUACGAACGAUAGAACCGAAAUCAAUUGGCGUGAUUUUCGACGAAAAUCACCGUCGCGACAUAAAAAAACAGAAAGAAACCUGACAAAGAGCUAGAAAAAACUCUUUCAUCUAGAAACUAAGAAAGGCUUGAAUUUAAUUCAUUUCGGUCGUGCAAAGCAAACUUUUUUUUUGUUUUUCGUAAUUUUGCAAUCAGCUGCAGCAGCGCAGCGCGUCGGAAAACUAAAAUUUUAACGCUUAACAUCAGUCGGUUAAGAUUACGAAAACGGACGCCCUUUUUCCCCAUUCCCCGAGCCUUGACAAUGUCACGUUUGAAACAUUGUUUCGUAGGGAGAAGGGAGAAAUGCUUGAAAGCUAUUGAAAUACACACUAUGAUAUUAGGGUUUAGUUCUUUUUUUAAUAUUUUUUUUUUCUAUCUCGUAAGACCUGAACUAUUUACUAUUGACUAAAUUAUUACUAAAGGAAUAAAACUGUUGAAUAAAGAUAAAAACAAAUGUAGGUAUUAAGAGAUUAAACAGUA